GGAUUAGAAAUUAAACUCAAUCUGAGCAACUGCUUCUCCUGCCAGGUGCUGACUUGACUCUGACGCACACAGCUGGCCAGGAUGAAGGUGAAGAUAAAGAGCUGGAAUGGGGUAGCCUCUUGGCUCUGGGUGGCCAAUGAUGAGAACUGUGGCAUCUGCCGGAUGGCCUUUAAUGGCUGCUGCCCAGACUGUAAGGUGCCUGGAGAUGACUGCCCCCUGGUGUGGGGGCAGUGCUCCCACUGCUUCCACAUGCACUGCAUUCUCAAGUGGCUGAAUUCACAGCAAGUCCAGCAGCACUGUCCUAUGUGCCGGCAAGAGUGGAAAUUCAAGGAGUGACAGAGCCCCCUGCAACCAGCAGAUCUACUUGGAUUUAAUGGGCUGUUGUUAUAGUGUUUUGUUGGGAUUCAGCCCCUCUCUCCACACCCUGGAACAGCGAAUUAUUUAUACAGCAUCAUAUAUAUCCCCAGCCCUUAUAGAGAACUUUAGCAGAUAAUUCUUGCCCCCAAAUAAUUGACUCAUCAUAGGCAAAAAGGAAGCCUGGGGCAGAUGGAGCAGUGGAGACAUGACUGGAAGCAUCUGCAUGUUAACCUUUCCCACCAUGAUGCUGGUUCCACAUGCUGUCAAAGUUUUCAGCAUUAUUAAUUGCUUCAUCCUGGGCACAGUCAGUAUUUCAACUUUCUCUGUGCCCUUAAGGUCUACACAGCACAUGUGGGCCUCAGUAAAAAGCCAGGGGUUGGCCUGGGUACAUCUCAUGUUGGCCCUUUUAUGAUAAUGGCUCCUUUUGCAAUGCAGACAUGGGUCUGUGGGUUGGGUGCCUUCUUUAAAAUACCCUGGACCUGAUUUUUUUAAGAGGUGCUUAUCCUUCGCAACUCCACCCAAAGUCAGCAGAAGCUCAGAAUCUUUGAAAAGCUGGCUUCUUGUGCCAGCUCUUUCUUAACUAAAAGGGACCUUCCUGUUUAAAUAAAACCUCUCCCAGCUCUUGCAUCAUGGGAACCUUCCCAUCCUUCUUCUCUGAAGAGACCUCUCAGCCCUGUCCUGACCCUGCCUCCCUCCAUUCCCUGAGAAAUCACCACUAUCCAGUGAUGUGGGUAUUCUGUACCUUACUGGUGAGAGAUGGUCAUGUCAUCUCAAAGCUUUCUUUAAUUGAAAUGGGAUUCUUAGGGCCAUAUGCAGCUCUCCAUCCAGGCUCACCGCUCCUAAUGCCUUUGGCAACCAUUUCCCCCAUGCACCACAGGCAGGCUGGGCCCUGAACUGAUACCUUCAAAUACAGCAGUAGAGAAAUGAAGGCUGUUGUGUGGCCAAUAGGAUAAGGGGCCUGCCUCCCACCACAACCAGAGGUAUACCCACAGGUCAGGUGUGCUGUUCAGCACCAGAAUCAUGUAAAUUCUUUGAACCCAAGUUGCUUUGGGACUAGACCCCUUGCCAACCGUAUAAGUCAGUUUCCAGCUGUAAUGUGGCAAUCCCUGGACUGGUUUCAAUAAACUCAUGGCUGUGA